AUGUUUGGGCCAAAAGCUGAUCAUUUGUUGGCAAAACUUGGCCAAUUACUUGAAAGUUAUGAAAUAUCAAAUUGGGCCGACAAAGCAGGAAAAGAUCAAAACAAGAAACAGAAGAUAGGAAGACAAGGAAGGAGGAGAAGGAUGAGAAGGAGGAAAAGGAGAAGGAGAAGGGGAGGAAGAGGAGAGAAGGAUGAGAAGGGGAAAGAGGAGGAGCGGGAGGAAGAGAAGGAUGAGAAGGAUGAAAAGGGAUAA